CCUCACAGCAGCAAACUACAGCGGACAUACGACACCGUCUAAUACACAUCGGACAAAUAUGUCUGGGCUUUUGCGAACCAUUGCAACCCGUGUUACUCCUACUUUACGGGGGUUCACAGUCAGUCAGAAGGCAAAUGUCUAUACUAAACCUGCCAAGGAAAAUAUAGGCGCUAUGGAAACUGCCAUUGGUCUGGGUAUGUUCUGCCUUGCCAUCCUGGGACCAUCUGGAUGGAUCCUGGCCCACCUGGAGGACUACAAGAAGAGAGAGUAGAUUGGACUUUUUAAUAGUUGACCUGGCCUGUCGUUCCCCGUCUUCUGUGUCCUGAUGGAGCCCUCACCACCUCCACCGCCGAUGAAUAUGGGGCCAGCUGUCAACCUUCCACAUCUUAGGGACAAACGUUUUUCCUGAACAAUAACCAUUGUGCAUACUUGACUGUGCAUAUAUUGAGUGUACAAGAUUAAAUUUUAAAGCUAAAAAAAA